AUGGAGGCGGAGUUGGGCUCUACUAAGGCCAGCGCCGAGUCUACGGAGUCGGCCCGUCGCGGGGCCAGCGAGGCCCUGGAGUGCACGGAGGCUCAGACCAGCCACCUCGAGAAGCGGGUGCAGGAGCUGCAAGAGCAGCUGCAGCAGGUCAAAAAGGGUGGCAGCGAGAUGGCAGUGCUGGCCGCGCAGAACGAGGCGCAGCUGAAGGACGGGACGCGUCACAUUUGA